AUGUCCCUGUAUUGUGGAAUUACUCGCAGGAGAAGAUCUUUUUGGUGCUAUAGGCUGCUGUCAACCUAUGUCACUAAGACACGGUAUUUAUCUAAGCUGAAGGAAGAUGAUGAUGCAUGUAAAAAAGCCCAGCAGACAGGAGCAUUUUACCGCUUUCAUAACCUGGCUCCUUUGGUUCAGAAAUCAGAACAUCAAUACCUGGCCCCCCAGCUGUACCUACUUCAAUUGGAAAGACUCCUGGGUAAGUUUGGGCAGGACAUGCAAACAACAGAAUAUUCCAUGCUAACUGGAUGCUCCGAACAGCAAGAAGCAUUGUUUGCUCUGGAUCUAGGUCUAAAUAGCUCCUCUUCCAUAAAUGCUUCCUUACAGAAACCUGAAAUGGAGACAGAGCUCAAGGGGUCUUUCACUGGGCUGAGGAAGGCUCUCUUUCAGCUGAAUGUGAAGGAUGCCUCCUUGCUAUCCAUGGCUCAGGCUCUUCUCCAUUGGCAUGAUGCUCAUCAGUUCUGCAGCAGAAGUGGACAGCCCACCAAGAAGAAUGUGGCUGGCAGCAAGCGUGUGUGCCCUUCCAAUAAGAUCAUCUAUUAUCCACAGAUCCAGGUGAACUUGAGAGAACUAGAAGCAGCUGCCUGGUUCAGUCAUGAUGAGGUGGCCACAGCCCUGAGGAAAGACAACCCAUAUUAUCAGCAACAGAAUGGGGCUUUCCCAUUCUGGUUGCCCCCCCCCCGCCCCAAGUUAGCCUUUACCCACCAACUGAUAAAGGAGUGGGUGGAAAAACCGACCUGUUCUAUCCUGCCUGCUUAGCUCAGAUCAGGCCACCUAAUUAGAUAAAUCUCUCCUAUCUCAGAGGGGCACAUCAGAGAUCAACUGAUGAAGAGGUGGUGACGAAAGGUCAUCUCCAGGCCAACAUCAUAAGAAGGCAGAGCAGAUGGUGAGCCCCCAGCAAGGCACAUCUGCCAGCAGUGUUAAUAAAAGAAGUUCCUAAUCACAGGCAAUCAAAAAUGCCAAAACUGAUGAGAUGACAAUUGUCAAAAUCAGAGGGAAAGUUGAAGCAUUAGUUUGGAUAUGGGCCCUUGCUCAUUCAUUUUCUCCUGUGCUUUGGAAGCAAACAUCUUUUGGCAUGUGGCUUGUCAAUGCUGGGUUUAUACUAACUGCCAAAAUGUGCCUGGUAUAAUUUUGGUUACAACUUUUAUUUUAAUAUUGAAAAUAUAUAGCAGAUCUCAACCCUCUACUGAGUUCCUUUUUAUCCUCAUACAAUUUUAAAAAAUAGCACAUAUUUUUUAAACAAAUUUAUUUACUUAUUUAUUUGUGGCUGUGUUGGGUCUUCGUUG